GUGAAGCUCAAGUGCAUCUGCUGGUUGAGGGGAGGAUGUGUAAACUGCCUGGAAGACUACGCAUCCAGCCCGCGCUCUGGAGCAGGGAGGACGUGCUGCAUUGGCUGCGCUGGGCGGAGCAGGAGUACUCUUUGCGGCGCACCGGUGAGCACGGUUUCGAGAUGAACGGCCGCGCCCUCUGCAUCCUCACCAAGGACGACUUCCGGCAUCGUGCGCCCGCUUCAGGUGACGUCCUGUACGAGCUGCUCCAGUACAUCAAGACCCAACGGCGAGCCCUGGUGUGCAGACCCUUUUUUGGAGCGAUCUUCAGGCAGAAGAUGCCCACGCAGCAGCCCCCUAACUCCCUGGAAGAGGAGACCAGGCCCUCUCAGGCGGCCCCCCAGAGGGACCUCCUGCAGCAACCACCAGACCUGGGGCUUGCCAGCUCCUUGAGCCACUUGGAUGUCCCCAGCCUGGCCAGGUGGCCCCUUGACAGGGAGGAGCCCUUCACCCUGCCUCACUGUGCAGAGCUCAGCUGCAGGCCUGAAGGAGUCUGCUCCUUCCCUGCCAUGCCACAGGCUCCCAUCGACGGCAGGAUCGCUGACUGCCGGCUGCUGUGGGAUUAUGUGUACCAGCUCCUCUCUGACACCAGGUACGAACCCUACAUCAAGUGGGAAGACAAAGAUGCCAAGAUCUUUCGCGUAGUGGAUCCAAAUGGACUUGCCAGACUCUGGGGAAACCAUAAGAACCGGAUGAACAUGACCUACGAGAAAAUGUCACGUGCCCUGCGCCACUACUACAAGCUGAACAUCAUUAAGAAGGAACCUGGGCAGAGACUACUGUUCAGAUUUCUAAAGACUCCAGGGAAGAUUGUCCAGGACAAGGGUAGCUGUCUGGAGCAGCUGGAGAACCAGGGGCAGGACAGGAUGGAUUUCAAGGACGAGAUGCUGCAAGUCUCUCCGUGAGGGGCAGGUAGACUCCUCCAGGUGCCUGGCACUGACACUGCAGGAACUGAGUCCCCAUGAAGACAGCCGUGUGGCAGCCUCUUCUCUCCUCCUGGGGCAGCAGGAAUCCUCAGCCAGAUUUUGUACUCAUGGGAUCAUAGCUGUAGUCAUGGGGCCUCACAGCUGCCUGGGGACCUAGGAGGACUGAGAGCUGGAGAGGCCCUCACCUCCAGGAUGGGGUGGCAUUGUCCUUUGAGUAGGGCAGCCCUGGGGUUAAAUGGGAGCACAGGGAGUGGACUUUCUGCCCACCCUACGCCUUGGUACACAUCCAACUUGGGAGAGGGAGCCGGGCACUGAGAGGGCAUCCUGCCCAAUUCCCUUCAAUUUUCUCUGAAGGAAGUGAGGUCCUUCACUGAGCCUCAACUUUCCUCUUCUGUAAAAGGGGCAUGCUUAUAAAAACACACC